AUGAAGCGCAGCUUCUCUCUCUCCAGAAACAAAGUGGUGCCUUUACAUACUGACCUGGAGGAAUCAGAUCCAUCAGGCCUGGAGACCAGUGAUCCGCAACAUCAAGUUGAUAUGCAAACAGGUUCAUCUGCCUUGGAGAAGAAGAAGCGCUUCAGUCCCUGCUUUAGGAAAAGAUGGUGGGCUUUGAAGCGAAACAACAAAGUAAAGACACCACCUAAACAGUCUGACCUGAAUCCAUCAGAUCAUCAGCCAGUUCCUGAAGGUCCAGCUAACCAACAACAAACAAAAGAAAAGAAGAAGCGUGUUUUGGGGGGAGUAUGGCAGGCCAUUAAGCGCAUCUUCUCUAACUCCUGGAACAGUGAAGUGGUUCCUUUUCCCACACAGUCUGAUCUUGACCCAUCAGAUCCUCAGCCAGGUCCAUUUGAACAGCCAUAUCGACGUGUCUUUAAGCCGGCGGUCUUACAGGACCCAGCUGAUCUGGGCCGUGGUUGUUGUGACCGGGAGCAAACGCCUCUCGAAGAUCGAUCUGGAGUUCAGCCAGCAGCUCCCAGAGAACCAGCGGAUUCCCAGCGGUCUAGACAAAUUUCAUUCCUUUAUAAAAUGGGCAAGAUGAUAGGAGAGGGAAACUUUGGCAAAGUGUAUAAGGGGACUCGCAGAUCCGAACGCCUAAAGGUCGCCAUCAAAUUUAUUCAGGAGACACCACGCACUAACAAAUAUGUGAAAAUUGUGAGUUGA